AGACUUUUUUCUUCUUUGGUAUUCUCUCCCUUUUCUAGGUACCUUCACUUUCACAUAUCCUUAAUAUUGCUCCAUUUUCUUAAAUUUUCCUAUCUCUUUUGUUACUUUGGUUGCUGCUUUAACCUUAAUUCUGUGGAUUCUAAUUCUAUCCUGUGCAGAAAGAAACUUGUCUUUUGGUGCAUAUUUUCGGGAUUCAAAUUUGAUGUCAAGGAGAGCAACACACUGGUGUCAUACAUGUAGACAGCCAAUCCUGCUUGCAGGGAGGGAUGCUCUUUGCCCUUACUGCGAGGGAGGAUUUGUGCAAGAAAUUAAUGAGUUGCGAAGACUUGCAUCGUCGUCACAGAUGGAAGAGUUUCAGGACGAUGCUGAUAUUUUCGACGCAAUACAUGCUGUUGUAAGUCAAAGAGGUUCUGUACCAAGAAUUGGAUUUAGAGAUGCUGUUGAUAGUUACAUGAGGCAAAGAAGGGAUGGUAGAAACACAAACUUUGAUGUCAGAAGAAGGUCUGUGUCUGGUUCUGUUCCUAUUCCGGAACAAACUUGGGGUGUUUUUAGUUCUGGCGGUCGUUACUUAAUAUUUCAUGGUCAAACACCUAACUCAAGAGGCGAUCCUAGGCACGUUGAUUUUGGCGAGUACUUUAUGGAUACUGGACUUGAUGAACUUAUUGAACAACUCAAUACGAACGGUCGUGGUCCAGCCCCGGCCUCACGAUCUUCGAUUGAAGCAAUGCCUACCAUUAAGAUCACACAAGCACAUGUUCACUCUGAUUCACACUGUCCAAUUUGUAUAGAAAGGUUUGAACUUGGCUCUAAGGCAAGGGAAAUGGCAUGUAAGCAUAUUUACCACUCGGAUUGCAUUGUUCCUUGGUUAAUUCAGCAUAAUUCAUGUCCUGUUUGCCGUGUUGAGCUGCCACCUAAUGGACGUGGUAGUUCUCGUGGUAGUAGAAAUUGGGGAAGAAGGAAUGACAAUAGUACUGGUCAAAACAAUAAUGGCCGAGGAAGGAGAAAUCCAUUGUCGUUUUUGUGGCCAUUUCGUUCUUCCAGUUCAAAUACUAAUCACUGAUUAAGCUGAGACUCCUCUUGAAGAAGUUAUAGUAGUGGAUGGUCCUCUGGUAUAAUUUUUGCUGUCAAACAAUGCUUGUAAUUUAAAUGAUGUAGAUAAAGGUUUUGAAGAUUUUACAUUGAACAUAUUCUUAUUGCAUACUUGAUGAAACUUUGUAAAUGUAAUUUUCUUGAAAGCAAAUUUCAUUUUGCA